GCAGUAUUCUGCUGUAGAAACGCACCGGUGGCGGCGCUGGACGCAGAUGCCAUGACAGCAUGAUCUGUGUCUAACGGGAGAGGGUGUAGUCUACAUGGAACCACAACACUGAUGAGAAUCUACGAUCUUUUAACUGGAUUUCGCAAAAUAACAUCGUGUAGUCGCGGAAGCGCAUAUCGUAUUUCGGAAGAGGACAUUUCUUUUGUUUAUCUGGGAAAGAUCAUUGCAUCUGGGGUAUUAUAGGAUGCAAAGGGGUUUCUCUGAGAAACAAAGAUGAGUGUGACAUCGUGGUUCCUGGUCAGCAGCUCUGGCACUCGUCACCGUCUGCCACGGGAAAUGAUCUUUGUUGGCCGGGAGGACUGCGAGCUAAUGCUACAGUCUCGUAGUGUGGAUAAACAGCAUGCUGUUAUCAACUAUAACCCUGCCACAGAUGAGCACCUUGUCAAGGAUCUUGGAAGUUUAAAUGGGACCUUUGUGAAUGACUUGAGAAUUCCAGACCAAACAUACAUAACCCUCAAGCUGUCGGAUAUUGUUCGUUUUGGAUAUGAUUCACAUGUGUAUAUUCUUGAGAAGAGCCAACAUAAGGUUCCUGAAGAGGCCCUCAAGCAUGAGAAGUACACCAGUCAGCUGCAAAUGGGCAUAAAAUCUGCAGAAAGCAAGCAACAGAAUCUGCAGGAAGAAAGAUCCAAAUUGGAGCGCUCUGAACGCAAGAGUCUCACAGAGUCACCUGUACCCCGACCAACACCAUUGUAUGGCCAGCCAUCAUGGUGGGGAGAGGAGGACUCUGGGAACAAGGAAGCACACAGUGAAGUACGAAGGUCAGGUGAGAGUCAUUCAGACAUCACAAAGGAGGCCCCGACAGCUGAGGAUGAAUUUACCUUCUCUGUUCAAGAGAUCCGUGAUGGCCAGACCAAGUCAACCUACCCGUACCACAGAGAGCCCAGUUAUUUUGAAAUUCCAACAAAGGAGUUCCAUAUGCAGUCCAAGUCCCCAGCAACAGAUUUAAUAGACAUCCCAACCAAAGACACCAAUAUCCCUCUAAUUUCUACACCUCCAGUUGUCCAGAGUCAUGCUUCUUUUACUAUCGAGUUUGAUGACUGCAUGCCAGGCAAAAUUAAAAUCAAGGAUCAUGUGACCAAGUUCUCGUCUCGUCAGCGUAGCAAGCAGCAGCAGCAGCCCAGUAAUUCUCUGGUAGUCACACCCACAGAGGUUCUAUCAGCUGAGAGCAAGGUGGCAGAUUGGCUUGUGCAGAGUGAUGUCAGUAUGAUGUGCAGGCGGCCACCCUGUGAGGAUGUGUACAGCACUAAGAGUGACUUGGCGAUGCAUAUUCGGACGCUCAAAGGACACCAUCAUGAAGAUGGAACCCAGAGUGAUUCAGAAGACCCUGAAAGGACAAUGAAAGGACAACGCAGCAAGUCACAUCAUUCCAUGAAAUCACAAUCAUCAGUACAGUCACACCAGUCAGCUCAAUCAAAGAAAUCUGAACCACCGGAAUCAGUUCUGUCCCAGGAGUCUGCCUCAGUACAAAAAUUUCAUCAUCCUCAGUCAGUCUCUCCACACAAACACCAUGAAGGAGAACUUGAUGAAAUUGAGGUUCAUCCUGUUCAAGAAGCCUCUUCACCUCCCCAGGCAGAGGUUAAGGCCAUUCACCCUGAGCCUCACACCCAGCAGGCCUUCAUUAUUGAGUUCUUUGAUGAUAAUCCCAGAAAGAAGCGGUCACAGUCCUUUACCCACAACUCUGCGCAUGCUGACUCCUACUCUGCAUUGAAGGCCAAACUAGAGAAACGAAAAGGUCUGGCUCAUGGGGAAAGGCCUGCCUCUGUGCAUGGGCAUGUUCCUCCAACACAGCAAAUCACUGUUCCACUGAAAGGUUCAAGCCAUGGAGGGUCACAGCGAUCAAGCUCACUGAGGAGAGAGAAGACAGAAGACAGUGGGACCAGCACAUCUCUAUUAGGGACCUCGUCUCGCUCUUCACCAGCUAUCACCAUUAAGCCUUUUGGGAGUGUUGGCAGGAAGUCCAAACUAGCUCAGGAAUUUACUGCAGAGUUCUUGAAGGAUACGGAAAAGACUCCACCUCCUAUGUCUGCCCCACCUGUGAUGAUGUCUCCAUCACACACUCUUUUACCCUCCCCUGCAGAGCCAUCUGGACCCUCAUCUGUAUCAUACCCACCAUCUCCAUCCCAACUACCUCCAUUAUCCCAAUCUCUUCUUCAAGCAACCUCGCCUGUCUCCGUACCUUCCCAAGCCCCAGGAAGGGGUCCAGUUUCUAGUGCCUCCCCACUCUGCUCAGCUGGGUCAACUGUGCCACAGUUUUCACCACUGUUAGUUAGUGGUGUUGAAACUAAGGCCUCAAGGGUGACACGAACCGAGGAAGAGGACAGUCUGAGUGAUGCUGGUACCUACACAAUUGAGACAGAGUCACAAGAUAAGGAAGUGGAGAAAGCUAGAAGUAUGAUUGAUCAGGUGUUUGGUGUUUUAGAUGCACCAGAAUACAGUGGUCAGACUCUUGGAGUUUACAGGCCUGUGAUUGAUGAUGGUAAAGAUGAGCAACAAUUCUUGAGUCAUAGCCAUGGUAUGGCAGCAGAUGUAAUAUCGACAUCAUCACAGGGCCGUGGUGGAGACCAAGUCAUCUCACUACAGGCACAUCCUGAUGUAGGAGGGCCUAAAUGGGUCUCACGCUGGGCCAGCCUUGCAGACACUUACAGUGAUCCUGGGGCUACUCAGGGAUCUAUGGGAAUUCCACCCCAAAGUGGACCUCCAGACAGAGAUGACAGUAUGACAUCAUUGAUUGGUCAAAGCUUCGAUAUCUUGGAGUCAGAGGGCAGUCAAGUUUCCAGGACCAGACGGGUGCUUCCUCAGGUUCCACCUGGAGAAAAACUGGAGAACACGACCCCCAGUAUCUUGAUUCGGCAUGAAACAAACAUGGACCAUGAACCACCAGAGAAAGGUUCCAGAGCACCACAGCAGCAGGACUGCACUCAGAGGCUACGUGUACAAGACGAUGUGGACCCAGACAGUCUGAGUGACACUAGCCGUUCAGACGACAGCUCUAUCCUUGAUAGGAGUGGUAGGAGCCAAGCAAGGAGAGGAACACAUUCGCCUUCUGAUAAUGUAAACCAUUCUAGAGGGUUAAGAGAAUUGCCAACACCCACACCUAAACCCACCUCAUUUUAUAUUGGCUCUGAGGAUGGUUCAUGUAAGUCAGAUGUGUCUAAAAGCCCAGGUUUUUCACAGCCAGAGAGAGACUCCUCUCCAAAGGUACCUCCAACAACUGUCUUAAUACGACAUUUGAGUGGCCAUGAGUCUAGGCGUCCGGUGAAGCCUAACUCAUCAGCCCCAAAUCUUCAGACACAUAACAAGGAUGUGGUGCCCACCAAAGAGACCUCAACCUCAUUUGUUAGACAGGAGAGUUUUACCAAAGAUAGGCCAAGUGACAACAUUCAAGUUAAGAAACUGCCACAUAUCUCUAGUCAUCCUGCUUUGAGAAGCUUGGAUACUGAGGAAGCUGUUCGAGAUACAUUUCCCUUUCCUAAGGAAGCAGAUAAAUCUUUGACAUCACCAGAAGAAAAGUUACCUGGAUCUAGUCAACGAUCAAAAAAAGGGAGCUUUCCUGCACAAGAGGACUCUCUGUCUGGUGAUUCAGAUGUUGAUACCGCUAGUACUGUAAGCAUGGUCAGCAAUAAAAAUGCUCCUGUCAGUGCAAAUAAGAAGCACACAUCUGCAAGUGAUCUGCGCAAGGAGAAGUCAUCUUCCGGUUUACAAGACAAAGCACGACAACCUACCGCUCGUGAACGACUAUCAGAAAAACGCAGAAAUCAUGCCUCCUCUGAUAAUACCGGUAAAGCUGAACUAAGUCGCCGGCUACAGCUUCGUCGCAGUGCUGGCAACCGUGGUUCUUUAGACCUUUCAGAUAAUCAGCACGGUCAACAACUGUGGCCCGAAGCUGCGGCUUCUGACCAUGAGUCAAGUUCACGACCCAACAGCCGCAAAAAACUCACUGCACCCCUGCCGAAGGAGGACCCUAGUAAGAUGACCAAAGGAAACCAACAGGUGCUGACCCGAUCUAAUAGCCUUUCAGCCCCAAGACCAACCCGUGCCUCCAUGCUUCGCCGAGCUCGACUAGGUGAGGCCUCAGACAAUGAAGGUGCAGAGACAGACCGUGCAUCUCAGAGCUCCGACCACAGUAAGACUCCUGCUGAAGGAAAGAAACUGUCCAGACUGGACAUUCUUGCCAUGCCUCGGAAACGCACUAGAUCCUUCACUGUUCCAAGUGACAAUGAGUCCACCUCAAGCAAGCAUGGCAUUUCUAACCGUCCAACGGAGGCAAAUGGCAGUGUGAGGAAAGGGGCUUCAAGUGAGGUGAGGCAGGCUACCAGCAAGGGGACUGCAUCAGUAGGGAAGCACUCCGCCGCUCGUACCCGUUCUAGCCAAGUUAAACACAGUAGCACAACUGGUUCCCACCGCAGACAAAAGGAUUCAGAGUAUUCCUCUACCUCAGAGGAGGAGUUUGAGACCAAUUCCAACUCUAAACAUAAACGCUCCCACACCUCGGCUUCAACUCAGACACAAACACCGCAGAAGGCGAUUCAAAUGAGGCUAAAAUGUGGCUCUUUGGAAACGGAAGAGGACGAAACUCAGAAUGAACACUUCCAGAACUGGUCUACUCAUAGUGCAGAGAUUGCCAGGUUGAGUCAAGAUCUGGCCAAAGAUCUUGCCAUUCUCGCACGUGAAAUCCAUGAUGUUGCAGGGGAUGGUGACUCCCAAGCAUCAUCAGGCAUGGGAGCUACCACUUCCCCAGGCUCCAUGCCCAAUACCCCUGCAUCCACUAUCUCGACCAGAGAGGAGAGACCAUAUGCAUCAUUACAGAGGUUCCUGUUACCUCAGCUGGUACAGCAUAUACCCGAGGCAAGUCUGAAUUAUCAAAAGGUUCCUCCAGGCUCAACUAGUCCAGUAGACCAAGAUUCAAAUAUGAACGACCAUGACAGUUCCAGACGGCGUCCCUGGAACCGUGAAGAGGUAAUUCUGGACAAUCUUAUGUUAAACCCAGUUUCCCAGCUCUCUCAGGCUAUCAGAGAGAACACGGAGCAACUAGCAGAGAAAAUGAAAGCUCUGUUUCAUAACAAGACAGAGGUCUGGGAAGAAAUAGAGGCAAAAAUCAAUGCUGAAAAUGAGGUUCCAAUCCUUAAGACAUCUAAUAAGGAAAUCUCAUCUAUCCUCCAAGAACUGCGAAGAGUCCAGAGACAACUUGAGGUGAUCAACACUAUUGUUGAACCUGGAGGAAUCCUCAAGAUUCACCCUGCAACUUCUCCCGGGGGAAAGUCUCAAAGUCACUCAAAGUCUGCUUCCAAGGAGUUUACCAGCCCCACUCCUACUAAUGCUAAUGCAAGUUCAAAGCGAGGUCCCAAGGGGCCUGAGGGAGGCCGAUAUGUAGUAUAAGCUUGCCUUGAAAAAGGAUAGCCAUUAGCUUGCUUCACAAAAAAAGUCUGUCAUGUACUACACAUCUGUUUGGAAACUGCCAUAUUCGUGGCACAUUUGUAAAAGUAUUGUGAGACUAUGUGUGGUGCAAAUAUGCGGCAUAUGCUUUAAGACUAUGGACAUACUUCACAAGCGAAAGCAGGUGUAGACAUUGUUAUUUUCAACAAUUGUAAUCUCUGGCUUGCUUGAAUGAUUGUCCGUAUCCCAACUUGUCAUUCAUGAUUGACAGAAUAAGUGGGUGUGUUACUGUAUUCCUGUAUCCUGUCUGUUUUGGUCUCAUUGGGUGAAAACUAUGAGAAAACCAUGUAGCAUUCGGUCUGUAUUCCUUGUGCACUUGGCUGCUACAAAUCUUCGGCAUGAAAAAAAUGGGUGAAUACACAAUACUUAAUUAGUGCUUGCCUUCAACAGAGGUAUAGCUAUUAGCUUGCUUUGCAAAAAAAAAAAAAAAAAGAUUUAUCAGCUGUUUUAAUUAUGCUAUCAAAGAUAAGAAUCAAAUAUUGGUGCUUCUAAGAAUAUGGCUACUGUUGAAUUCCCAGACAUCGCAAGUUAAAAUGUUGUUAAAAAGUAAGCAGCCUUUGGUAUAGAUUGUCUCUUUUUGUAUUUUUUUUUUUUGCAACUACAACACAUAUGUCUGGGGUGUCGGGUGUUUGCUUUGUGUGUGAGAGUGCUAGAUUAUGGUAGAAUCAUGUGUGAUGCUGUGAAGUACUGUUGCUGUGUGUCACAGGUGAAAACUUGAAAAACGGGUUACCUUCGCCCUGCCCCAAUGUUGCUUUUAUGAUUGUAUGCAACAAAAUGAUUGUUUUUAAUUUAGGAUGACAGAAAACUAUCACUGGAGCAAACAAAAAGCAGCUGGAUGUAACAGGCUAUUGCCCUCAUGUUUGCAUUAGCCAUGUAUUCUUUAAGUGUCAUAUACUCUAUGUAUUUGUGAUUUUGAAUGUUUUAAAAGCAUCAAAAUGUUAAAAUAUCCUUUAAGAAGAGAAUGAAAUCCACAACAAUAAUGUCACACUAAUAUUUAAAAAAAAUUGCACAUAUAUUAGCAGGGUAAGACAGCGUAAUAUACCCCUUGAGGGAAGUUGACUCCCCAUCUUAAUUUUUUCUCGUGGCCAUAGAUGCCACAAAAUGUCAUCUCAAAACAACUGAUAAUUGGCUGUGCUCUUAAAAACAGACUACCUAAAAUUAGACCUUUGGGAUAAGACACACCUCCAACAAUUGGUCCAGAGCAGCAUGUUAUACUAGUGUAUUAAAUUUAAUACACAUGUAUAUUUAUAUUAAUACAGAUGUAUAUUUACAGUUAUAAUUCAGUUAAUUAGAUGUACAUGUCAGAGAUCUUCGCUUUUCAUUAAAACCUAUUGGUUAAUUGAGUGAAAUCGUUAAGUUUGAAUUUAUAGUGUCGCUGUAAUGACAUAUUUUUGAUUAAAAAUAGGUAAUUAAAUAUUUAAAUAUUCAUAUGCUGUGUAACAUCCCACCCUAAAAAAAAAUAAAUUUAUUAGCUUGUUGACGUGCAUUUGAUUAGGGUUGGAGCUAAACUCUGCGGGACUGCGGCACUCCACGACCGAUGGUGCCUUUCCCUCCUGUAUAAUGUAGUAAAUGAACAUUGUUCGUAAGGGUGGCAUCUUACCCAUCUUACCUUAAUCAUUUUAGCUUGAGACUGGCCAAUAUAGAAAUAUUGUGACAACCUGUACCUUCUGAUGACAACAAUGUGAAUGUGCAGUGAACCAUACAAACUACAUACAAAAACAUCUUUUUGUUUCAGCACAUUAAAUUAUUUAGUAAAUCACGUUAGAACUGAAUUUGUUUUGUGUCUGUAAUUGUGAUCUUCCAUUGCAGCAUUUUUUUGCUUUCUUUACCAUUCAAUGUUAAAAGUCUUUGCAAUCCUGUUGUUGAGGUAAAUCUUGGAAAAAAAAUGUUUCUAAAUAUCUGCACUAAGAAAUGAUUGUAUGCAGUAUAUUAGUUUUAUGGUUUAGCAGCUCACCAUCAAACAGUUUGCUUUAGUUUUGGCUGUGUUAUGGAUGGUUUGAUGUAUGUAUCAAAUGCAAAUAAGAUCAUUAUUUUGGGAUUAUUGCAUGUUGUGCCAUAUGUAAUGUAGGUGAGCCAAAGCUAGGACUUGUGUACAGCUGUGUACACAAGUAUAGAGCACGUAUAGAGCAGUACGUGAUGAACAACUAAUAUUUAUAAAGCCUAGUAAUUGUACAUAAGGUGCAGUGGUAGGUUUUGUGCUGGAGUGAUUAUGAUCUCCUUAUGUAUUCCUAAAAUUAUUCAAAAAUUUUCUUUGUUGCCCACAAUACAAGGUGUAAAUACAUUGCCAGCUUUGAACGUUUUAUCUAUAUUCAGUGUUAUAUUCAUGUUCUUGGAAAUUAAUCAGAAAACACAAAUUGUAUCAUUA